UGGUAUAAUAAGAAUGCAAACAAAGAGGAAUACGAGUCAACUAAUUCUCUCACAUACCUUCUUCUUUGCUGACGAUUUGAUAAUAUCUCAAUGUUAAUCCUUCAUCUGCUCUGCUAUUCACAGUAACCAGUCAAGCCCAACUUCUUCUUCUUCUUCUUCUUCAACAACAACUGCAAAUAUGAGUUCUCCGCUCAUCUUUCUAAAGCCAAUUUUUAUUUCAGUAAUAAUACCCGUUAUUCUCGGAACGGUUUUCUAUCAACUGGAUUCCUUCGACCCGGCUUCUUAUCCGACCCAUGUGCUCUCUACUGACCCGCCCAUUGUUGCACCAAAGCGCAAUAAUCAGAUGCUCCGUCGCUCGGAAAAAAUCGGAGUUAACCAGCUGUUAUCACCCGAAGACGUAGCGUACGAUCAAAAAUCCGGAGUUAUAUACACUGGAUGCGUUGAUGGGUGGGUUAAAAAAGUGAAAGUGAACGAAUCGGCGGCAGAUUCGACGGUGGAGGAUUGGGUUUUCACCGGCGGCAGACCUCUCGGACUUGCUUUAGGACGUCACGGCGAAGUUAUUGUUGCAGAUGCGGACAAGGGGUUACUACUGAACGUUACUUCAGUGGGUGAGAUUAAAGUGCUAACAGAGGAAGCUGAAGGCCUGAAAUUCAAAUUAGCAGACGCUGUAGACGUUGCAGAGGAUGGAAUUAUAUAUUUCUCCGAUGCUUCUUACAAAUAUAAUAUCGAACAGUACAUUUAUGAUAUUCUUGAAGGAAGACCCAAUGGAAGAUUGUUAAGUUAUGAUCCAUCAACUAAACAGACCAAAACGCUACUUAGCGAUCUGUAUUUUGCUAAUGGUGUUGCAGUCUCUCCAGAUCAAAAUUAUGUUAUUUUCUGUGAAACACCUCUGAGGAAAUGCAAAAAGUAUUACAUAAAAGGCGAAAAAAAAGGAUCUGUGGAUAUGUUUGUUGAUAAUUUACCUGGAUUUCCUGACAACAUUCGUUAUGAUGGUGAAGGACAUUAUUGGAUUGCAUUCGCCUCGGAAAAGACAUAUUCAUGGGACUUGACACUAAGGUAUCCAUUCAUCAGAAAGAUAAUGGCUAUAAUGGUGAAGUAUGUUGGACAACCAAAGGCAGAGAAAAAUGGUGGUGUUUUAUCUGUUGAUUUACAAGGAAAUCCACUGGAACACUAUUAUGAUGAGGAUUUGACAAUGGUGUCAAGUGGCAUUAAAAUUGGUGAUCAUUUGUACUGUGGCUCUAUUAAGUCUCCGUACAUACUACGCCUCAAUCUCAAACAAAAUCCUGCAGUUCAAACUUCAUAAACAAAGAUGAUCAUGACCAUUUUCCUAGUAUAGAAAUGUAAGUGUUUGAUUUCAAAAAAUAAUGGGUGUAUUUGUUUGUACAACUAGAGUCGUUAAAUUUUGCAUAAGAUUUCCACUAUAUAAGAUGUGCAAGUGUUUUCUUUUUAAUUU